AUGUUCAACAACCGGAGAAACGCCCAGAAGCCGGAUGGUGAGUUCAUCAGUCGUUUCCAGCAAGCAUUCUCCGACAUUGUCCCUCGACGAGACAGUUCGAGCCCGCUCAAUGUGAGGGCAGCGGAACCUGUGAUGGCCUCGAGAUUGGCUGAGAACAACGAUGCGAAAAUAGAGAAUCAUGACCUCAAGUUUCCCAUCACCAACAACGAGCGCACUCCCCGAAAUGCGCACGAACUGGGGCUGACGCCCUCAUGGAUGGAAUCCGCUUCAUUUGCCAUGAUGCCUCUCGCCAACCAGCACACAGGCUUCUAUACUCCAAAUUCUUCUGGAAUGGGUGCCAUGUUCCAUAACCAGGCUGGUGAUUUGCAUACACCAACAGGGAUGCACUUGAUGACCCCAUUGUCGGGCAUGCCAGCUGUACACAAUCAUCACAGCAUUGGCUUUGAGCCCUUCCACCCACAUUUUAUGAAUCCAGUGCCUGACAUGAACCUAUACACACAACAGCAGUCAUUUGCACCAAGCGCAUUUAUGCACCGCGACAGCGGAUAUGACGCCAUGGAUGAUACACUCGAUGACUCCUCUCUAAAUGAUGUACAUGUCGAAACAGCAUCUAACGUGACUGCCUCCACGGAAUUUUCGGCUCAAAUGACUGGUGACAUCUCCUAUACUAAGGGGGAAAAAUUCCGCUUCAAUGUUUCAUUACGAGCACCGACUGCCAUGGUGAAGAACCUAAGCGAAAUUCCCGUGACUUAUCUUAAUAAGGGCCAGGCAUACAAUCUCUCAGUUAUCGACACGAACUCACCAAUGGCCGACCACGAACCAAUUCGAUACAGAACAUUUGUCCGUGUUUCCUUCGAAGAGCGAGAACAAAGAGCGAAGCCGUCGACAUGCUGGCAAUUAUGGAAGGAAGGCCGUGGAACGACAGAAGCCCAUCAACGAGGUGGAAAACUCUUAGCUGUUGAAUAUGUGGAUCCCUUACAAGGUGGUAGUGAUGCGCACCGAAAUCGACAGGUACAAGUGGAGAGCAUGUCAGUCGACGGUUUCUGCGUCACAUGGACUGCGAACCCAACGACCGGCGCAUCGGAUUGCAACAUUCCCGUGCGGUUCAAUUUCCUUUCCACGGAUUUCAGCCACUCAAAGGGUGUGAAGGGAAUUCCUGUCAGACUGUGCGCCAAAACCGAGCUUUUAUCGCCGGGCGAGGAGACGGGUCUCUCGCGUGAUACAGAGCUCUCCUACUGCAAAGUCAAGCUUUUCCGGGAUCAUGGCGCUGAGCGGAAGCUGUCCAAUGACAUCGCGCAUGUCAAGAAGAGUAUUGAUAAGCUUAAGCAGCAAGUCUCUCAGGCCGAAAUGGGUGGUGGAUUUGCGAAGCGCAAACGGGGAAACAACGCUUCGGCUACUGCGAAGGGAUCUGAUAAUCCCAUGAAGUCUUCGUCCCACAGGCGAACUUGGUCGAUCGGGUCAGACGAUGUUCCUCCCGAGAAAGCUUCCUUGGAGGAUGAUCUUCAAGCCAAGCUGUCUAUGAUGCAAGAGAUGUUCUCAUCUACUCGGUCAGUGAGCAUAUUCGGUCUACGCGGUGAUGCAUUCGAUGAUCCCGACCUAUAUCCCAUUCAGCUAUCCGGUGAUGGCGAUCCCCCUCACUAUGCGAACAUGAGCCGUUCAAGCACACGCGAAUUGGAGUCAAUAAUGCCUUCGCCGCCCAACACCAAUACCUCUUCUUCGAAUUCGCCGCCUACCCAAGCUCUCCGAUUAGCAAAGUGCCCAACCACCAUCCAGAGGAUUCCUUCUGGCAGCCAAGUGUCAAGGGGUUUCAUAGAGGCGGUGGGUGUAGACUUGACCUACCGACCUCCGGCGGAACGCCCUCCCAAACCAAUUGCAUGCUUUUAUGUUCGAUUCACUGGAAAUGAGAAGCGUUCAGAGGACUACUACCGUGCAAUCUAUUUGACGGAACGCACCGUUCGAGACCUCGUGAGGCAAAUUACCGAGAAAUGUCACAUUAAUCCCAUGCGGAUCUCAAAUAUCAUGCACGCCCACGAGAAGGGCAUGCGAGUCGUCGUUGAUGACGAUGUGGUCCGUCAGCUUCCAGAGGGUCAAGACAUGAUCGUCGACAUCUCCGAAGCACCGGAUCCCAAUGGCAGUGCUUCCGGCACACCCAUGGAGAUCCAAUUAACUUACUAA